CGUGAAAGGAAACUGUAUACUAUAAUUGAUGGGGACGGGGGAGGAUGUAUGUAUAUCUUAUAUUCAUCUUCGGUUCUAUAUUCCAAAACUGGAAUUGCAGAAUACUGAGGUCACAAAAUCUGCCGGGAAAGCUCCCACCAGAAUUUGCCAAGCUACCUUACCUCCAAGUUAUAGAUUUGAGCAUCAACUACAUUGAGGGUACUCUACCUCUACAAUGGGCCUCCUUGAGACUUCGUCAGAUCUCACUGCGUGGGAAUCGCUUGACGGGUCCAAUACCUGAAGAAUAUGGAAGCAUUGCCACAUUGGAAAAACUCGAUCUGAACGCCAAUCAGAUGUCAGGUAAUAUUCCACCAAAGCUUGGCGAUCUUCCUGCUAUUUCGGCAAUCUCUCUGUCUUCCAACUAUUUUACUGGACCAUUGCCCAACACACUUGGCAGGCUGACUUCUCUGACGGACUUUCGAAUCAGUGAUAAUAACUUCACAGGCAGGAUACCUAGCUACAUACAGACUUGGACAAAGCUUAAAAAGCUAGAAAUCCAAGCUAGCGGUUUGGAUGGGCCAAUACCUGACUUUAGUCUUUUGGCUGAUCUAAAGGACCUGCGAAUCAGUGACUUAAAUGGAAACGACGGAAAAUUUCCUUCCCUUAACAAAUCUAGCUUUGGAGAAUUCCAAAGAUUGAUAUUAAGGAGUUGCAAUAUUGUAGGACAACUACCAGAGUAUCUUGGUGAAAUGCAGUACUUGACGACGCUAGACCUUAGCUUUAAUAGACUAAGUGGCAACAUAUCGAGCACUAUGAGCAAUUUAAGUUCCGUAAAAAAUAUUUAUUUUGCAGGAAACUUGCUCUCUGGAUCCUUGCCUGAUUGGAUAUUUAAAUCAAACAAUAUUGAUCUUUCAUACAACAACCUCACACUUGUAAGCUCAGAGGAUGAUAACUGUCUGAAGGAAGGGCUGAACUUGUUUGGAAGCUCUUCAAAAAGUAGUCCAUCUGGAAUGGUUUCAUGCCUGCAAAGCCAGACUUGUUCCAGAUAUGUGGACUCUUUCUAUAUCAACUGUGGAGGUAAACAAACUAGUGUUGAUGGAAAUAAAUAUGCUGCGGAUAGACAGUCAUCAACUGAACCUUCAAAAUUCUAUCGCGGGGAGAACUGGGCAUCUAGUAGUACUGGCUCCUUUGUGGAAGGGUACAAGUAUAAUUUUACCAGGACAAGUAGUAGUUUUAAUGGCGACCAUAGAGAAUUGCUAAUGGAUGCACGACUUUCUCCAUUGUCCCUGACUUAUUAUGGUUUUUGUCUGGCCAAUGGGAAGUAUACAGUAAAGCUUUACUUUGCAGAAAUCACGUUUACUGACAACCACACGUUCAGCAGCCUUGGCAGGCGAAUAUUUGAUAUUUACAUUCAGGGAAAGCUGGAGCGCAAAGAUUUUAAUAUUAAAGAUGAAGCGGGUGGAAUUAAUAAGGAGGUUGUAGUGGAGUUUCCUGUCAGUGUAGAUAAUCAUACCUUAGAGAUCCGCUUUUACUGGGCUGGUAAAGGGACAACUAUAAUCCCUCUUCAAGGCAUAUAUGGUCCUCUCAUUUCAGCUAUAGCAGCGUCUCAUGCACCAGUAAAGAGAAAUGUAUCUGUGGGUACUGUGGUUGGUGUGAUGGUUGGUAUAGCAUCUGUUCUCCUCCUGCUUCUAGGUAUACUUUGGUGGAGAGGAUGUCUGUGUCGGAGAAAUACAAUGAGAUCAGGACUACAGGGUCUAGAUUUGCACACUGGCUCAUUUACCUUACAGCAGAUUCGAGCUGCAACUAAAAAUUUUGAUAGUGCUAAUAAGAUUGGUGAAGGUGGCUUUGGUCCUGUUUACAAGGGGGUUCUAUUAGACGGAACCGUGAUCGCUGUGAAGCAGCUUUCUCACAAAUCAACGCAAGGGACUCGUGAGUUUGUAACUGAAAUAGGCAUGAUAUCUGCUUUACAACAUCCAAACCUCGUAAAGCUGUAUGGAUGUUGUGUUGAAAGAAAUGAGCUAAUGCUAGUAUAUGAAUACUUGGAAAAUAACAGCCUUUUCCGUGCUUUAUUUGGCCCAGAAAGAGAUCGUUUGGAAUUGAAUUGGUCAACGAGGUACAAGGUUUGCAUUGGCAUAGCAAGAGGUUUGGCCUAUCUCCAUGAAGAAUCGAGGUUGAAGAUUGUCCACAGAGAUAUUAAAGCUACCAAUGUGCUGCUUGAUAAAGAUUUAAAUCCUAAGAUAUCUGACUUUGGUUUAGCUAAACUUGCUGAGGAGGACAAGACACAUAUAAGCACCCGAAUUGCUGGAACUUUUGGAUAUAUGGCACCUGAAUAUGCAAUGAGGGGUUACCUUACAGACAAAGCUGAUGUUUAUAGUUUCGGAAUUGUUGCCCUGGAAAUUGUAAGCGGGAGGAGCAACUCUAACAGUGGGCCAAAGCAGGAGCCCAUUUACCUUCUUGAUUGGGCUUAUGAACUUGAAGCUGAAGGGAAGUUAAUGGAGCUAGUCGAUGAGAGUUUAGGGUCGGAAUAUGAGGAGGAGGUACUGUUGAUGAUUCAUGUUGGUCUUCUAUGUACUAAUGCGACAUCAGCAGAGCGACCUGCUAUGUCGUCGGUGGUUAGUAUACUUGAAGGCAGAGCUGACAUUCAAGAGCUUGUUCAUGUUUCUGACCAAACAAUGGAGAUGAAGCAGCAGCACCAAUCUCCACAAAGUAUAUCAAUCGAAGAGGAUUCCUGGAUAGCUUCCUCUGCAUCUGGUACUGAUCUGUAUACUGUGACAUUCGACACUGAUUACAUGUUGAAGAAUGACUCAGGCCGCUAAGCUGAGGUAUACUUUCUAAAUCAAGUGCAUGGUACUUGUUUAUUUUGAUUGUAUAGAUAA